CUUACGUUUAUUAUAUGGCCUGACAUUUCGAACGUGACGUUACGCUCGUGGUCAAAUUAGAUAUUGGGCAGUUCUGUUAGCCAGUUCUGCAGGUUAUAUGUAUGAUAAAUAAUAUUUAUGACUAGCUAGUAAUAAAAGUAUGUUUCCGUUUAUGUGCCAAAUACAUAAUAAAAUAUUAAAAUCACUACUCCAUGACCUUUAUAACCAUUUGUUAUUGAAACAGCAAUCACUUAAUGCCCCACAUAUACAGGUUGGGCAAAUAAGAAGUAUACAUUUUGUUUUUAAAUUUUAACUGUAUUAAGUUCAAAAAUUAUUAAGUAUUGUUUUAAAAAUAUAUUCUUCAGGGUUGGCAAAUUCAUGCGAAACAUAAUGUCUGACAUAUGUCCACCUCUAACAGCAGGCAAAUGUAAGCUCUUAUCAUCCCAAUGUUCAGUAACUAUUCGCACAUUUUGGGCAUUAUCUUAGUACAUUUGUGUCGAAUAGUCGGUUUGAACUGUUUAAAUUUCAUCAGCUCGUUAGCAUAGAAACGUAAUUUUAGAUAGCCCCACAAAAAUAAGUCAAGAGCUGCAAAGUUGGGGAAUUUGGGUGCCUAUCACUGUCACUUUUUUUCAAAAUUAAUCGAGCAAACAACGUGUUUUAAACAACAGAAACAUUUGAGAUAAAAUUGCUUGCUGCUAGUGGUAGACAUUUGGCAGAAAUUAUCUUCCGUAUACAAUUGCCAACCCUGAAUAAUAUAUUUAUGAAAAAAUAUUUAGUAAAAUUUCCACUUAAUGUAAUUAAAAUUUAAAAACAAAGUGUAUCAUUCUUAUUUGUCCACCCUGUAUUAUGUAUGACAUGACAUUUACUUGUUUAGGUUGUAUGAUUUGUUCUGUUGCCAUGGUGAUUUGCUUGUACAAACAUUACAAAAGUUUUCUAAGAAAUAUGAAGGUCUUGUCACUGAAAUUCCAUUUGUUGACUAUUACAAUUAAAUUAAAAAGAAAUAUUUAUAAAAGGAACAUUAUAAAGUAAAUUUUUUUUUUUAAAUGGUAUUUAUACAAUAUAAUUAUACAAUUCAAAAUAAAAUGUCGGACAGUGAAGAAGAUGAACUACAGAAUAAAACAGUUAAAAUUACAGUUGUUGGUGAACCAUCUACUGGCAAAAGCAGCCUAUGCGCGCGCUAUUUGGGCGGCACCGCGGCCGGCGGCGGCACGCAGGGCGCCGAGGUGAUGGCGGGUCAGUGUCUCGGGCUGCGGCCCGCCGUGCCGCUGCAGCUGUGCGACGUGGCCGGCAACGCGCUCGCCACGCGCAUGCUGGAGAACUACCUCUACGCUACUGAUGUAGUAUUAUUUGUUUAUGACCUAACGAAUUUACAAAGUUUCGAGAAUCUAAACACUUGGAUCACAACUGUAAAGAACAUAUUUGAAGCGGAAGUGAAGAAGCCUCUACUGGCCGUGUUUGGUAACAAGUCUGACUUGGAGCAUCAGAGGGCUGUGCGGCUGUCGUGCGUACAGAAGUUUGCUUCCGAACAUUUAUUAGAGAAUUACAAAGGAUCAGCGCGGACAGGAGAAAUGGUAAACACGGCGUUCACGAACCUAGUGGCUGGCGUGAUAGGCGUGAAGGUGCGCGCGGCGCCGCCGGCGGCGAGCAACGGGCGCGCGCGGCCGCCCGAGCCACCGCCCGCCGCCGCCGAGCCGCGGCAGUCGCUCAUCAUGAACAGGAAGGCGCUCAGGCGCGUGCAGCGGGCUUCAAGCUCCGUCUGCGUUUUACAAUAAAGUCGAUGAUUUGAUAUGUCGUUGUUUCAUUGUAUGAGUAAACCGGGAAACGGUUUCUCUCAAAGGGCGGGGAAAGAGAUU